UCGCUCUCUCGUGGACUCUGCUGUCAAAACGCCAUCUUUAAUUUUUUCUUUUUCCCGCAGACACCGACGUGUAGAAAACGUGUUAACGUAGCGAGUGUCUAAUUUUCCAUUUUUUCAGCAAAAUGGGUUUCGUGAAGGUUGUUAAGAAUAAGCAGUACUUCAAGCGUUACCAGGUCAGGUUCCGCCGGCGUCGUGAGGGCAAGACCGACUACUAUGCCCGUAAGCGUCUGAUCUUCCAGGACAAGAACAAGUACAACACCCCGAAGUAUCGUCUGAUUGUCCGUUUGAGCAACCGUGACAUCACCUGCCAGAUCGCUUACGCUCGCAUUGAGGGUGAUCGUAUUGUGUGCGCCGCUUACUCCCACGAGCUGCCACGCUAUGGCGUCAAGGUCGGUCUGACCAACUACGCUGCUGCUUACUGCACGGGACUGCUGGUUGCCCGCCGCAUCCUGCAAAAACUUCGUCUGGACACUCUGUACACUGGCUGUACCGAUGUGACCGGCGAGGAAUACUUGGUCGAACCAGUCGACGAUGGCCCAGGAGCUUUCCGUUGCUACCUGGACGUCGGUCUGGCCCGUACCACCACGGGAGCUCGCGUCUUCGGUGCCAUGAAGGGUGCCGUCGAUGGUGGCCUCAACAUCCCCCACUCCGUCAAGCGUUUCCCAGGCUACAGCGCCGAGAACAAGAGCUUCAACGCUGAAGUCCACCGCGCUCACAUCUUCGGACAGCACGUCGCCGACUACAUGCGUACCCUGGAGGAAGAGGACGAGGAUGCCUACAAGCGUCAGUUCAGCAAGUACAUCGGUCUGGGAAUCAAGGCUGAUGAUAUUGAGACCAUCUACAAGAACGCUCACGCCGGCAUCCGUAAGGAUCCUGCCUUCCACAAGAAGCCGGAGAAGAAGGUCACCAAGAAGCGCUUCAACCUGGCCAAGCUGACCCUCGAAGCCCGCAAGGCGAAAAUCGCCAAGCACAAGGCCGACUUCCUGGCCAAGAUCCAGGCCGAUGUCGAAGCCUAAACUUUUCUUUUGCUGUUAUGCUCCAGUGGAUAGCCACGAAACCAUCGGUGGCGAACAUUUUCCGACUGCGAUUAACCAUCAGCUGCUGGAUGUAAGAGCAUUACUACUUUUCUCAUCGAACAUUACUUACUGCUAUUGCGAUAGAAUAGAUGCGCCGCCGGAUUACAAUUACGCAUUCUUGCAGAUUAACCUAUCUAUCAUGCUUAGGUACACCUAAAUAGUUAAGCAAUGUAUGUAUUUUUGAAUAAAUGUAAUGUUUUUUAUUCAGCUGCUACGCGAGAAAAUGUUGGCUUUUUACUGAGAUGUUCACGUUCUCUGGAUAACUAUCUAGUUUCGUAAGGAAUAUAUUAUUAAGCUUUGAAAAUAUAUUGAAAUUUAAAAAUUA